AUGGCUACUACUAGCAAUCUUCUUUUGGCUUUAAAAAACUAUAGUUUUGUUGAUGAAUCAGAUGAUGUCCCUUUUAAAUCUAAAGGGUCUUCUUUCUAUGCUGGUUUUGAAGGCUCUAUUGAUGGUCUUGACCAACGUUAUUUUGCUAUCCAAUUUUUAAAUGAUUUUGAAAUUUACAUGGAGAUUUGCAAUGUUGAUCCUCACGAUUGGCCUCUUAAUAUCAGUUAUUUUUUUGAGGGUGAAGUCUAUUGGUACGCUAAAGCUUGGAAUUCAAAUCCUGAAAAUUUUGACAAAACCUGGAGUCAGUUCAAGAAAGAGUUUUUGUCUCAUGAACAUUCUUAUGAAUUUCUUUAUGAGGUUUCUCAACACCUUCGUAAGGCUUCAAUGGAGUCAGUUUCUAUUAAGGAAUUUAAUGCCUAUGUUAAAACCUUCCGUGCCUGUUAUUCAGUUCUGAAGGCAAAUAAUAGAUAUUUUGUUGACAACAGCCCUGAGAAUACUGUCAAUGAGUUUGUUCUGGGUCUUCACCCAUCUAUCUAUCUGGAAUGGAACAUAGCUCGUAUGCGUGAUCAUUCCAACGAAUCUCACAUCAGGGAUAAUCUUGAAACUACUAUUGAUCUUUGUCGUGCUCUCACUUUAAAAUCAACAACUUUUAUGAAACAAUUUGCUAAAGAUAAUCGCUUUUGA